AUGCGCAGCAAGAGGAUGUUGCCGGGCCACGAUGUCGACCCGCCGAAGGUGUGCGGGGCAGAGACAUAUAGCUCCUGGAGUGACGUCGAGUGGACUGUGAUAGAGUCGUACUGCCAACUGGAAAGACGAAGCUUGCUCAGGCAGGGGCAACGGGGCAGCAGGUCACCCAGGGCCAUGUGGCAGGAACCGAAGGAGAGGCUCUCAAGCGCCGUUAAAUCUCCAGCCGGUGGCAGCCUCAAACGUGGAUCAAAAUGCAGACUUAACGAAGCUGUGCGGUCGAAGCAGGGCAGGUCUACGGCAUCCGCGUCGCUGCAGCCUGUCAUGUCCGCAUGGAUGUCGACAGAAAGCUCUGCCGGCGCAAGCAGCGCCGCGGCGCCGAGCAACGAGGAAAUGCGAUCCGGUGUUGGCUUCCGGUUUCUGGCGAUGGAGUGCGCGGCGAAGGGGCUGGCCGCGGAGCCGUGCUUCUGCGGCGUCGCCAACCGGCGGUGCGGCGGCUGCGGAGCCGUCGCCUACUGCUCCCGCGCCCACCAGGUUAUACAUUGGAGGGUUCAUAAAGAAGAAUGUAAAAGGUUUGCAGAACAAAUGAGGCGCAUCGAUGUGCUGAGCCAGUUUCCUUUCACCUUCUUGGAACCUCCUGCUCUGAACCAUGAAUUAUCAAGUGCAAGGUGCUUAUUUUUGCAAUCAAUCAAACUUCACCAGAAAGGACUCUGGAAAUCAGAAUGUAUAUGUGGCCGAGAUGUUGCUCCUGUGAAGGACUUAAGCAUAGAAGCUGAAUGGAACUUGCAAAGCUCCCUCUGCCCUUGUACAGAGCCUAGAAAUCCUGUGCCUUCUGUCCUGGCAAGCUGGGAAGACUAUUAUGAGUGGAGAUCCCUUCCCCUGCAUUCACCUGUUGCUGUUUUACUUCAUUGGCCACUUAGUCUAUAUCAUUGCAUUCAACUCUCUCGGCAAACUCCAAGAGAUGAUGGCCAGGACACCCUGUGCAUUCACUAUUUAGGGCCUGAGAAGGAGCUACUUCAGCUUGCAGCGUUUGGGGAACUACGUGCAUUAUUUCCAGGUGUCCAGAUUCACAUUGAGCUUGUGGGACCAGAAGUUCCCCAGUCUAGGGAUGGUGAGGUUGUAAACAUUUCCAGAUAUGCAUGUUGUUCUGAUGAGAGCUGCUGUUGUAAAUCUUCUAUUGGUUCCAAAGACUUGAGCUGCACUGCAGUGACACUCAAACUGUGGAAAGGUUUCUAUCAUGAGAGAUGCAGUGAUAUAAUGAAGGUUCUCUCUACAACUACUACUAUUUUCUGA